AUGCACUCAUUCAUCAUCUUUCAUUUGUCAAGAUGGUUACCAGCAGAUGUGAGAAGAAUUCUCGGCUCCUCUGUGUCACCUCUGUCCCCCUCACAGGUUAUUGUGCAGAACCUUCUCCUCUGUGUCAUCCUGUUCUACACAGUGUACUACGUGUCUCUGAGCUUGUGCAGCCUGACCCUCAAGGCAUAUGAGUUGGAUGUCCUGGCACCGUUUGAUUUCAAAACAAGCCCUUCAUGGCUGGACACAAACUACAAAGUUCUUUUACUCUCCACAGAAGCCACCUACUUUUUUUGUGGGUUGCUUUUUGCUCUGGUUGUAGAAGAAUGGGUUUGGGAUUAUGCUGUUUCGGUAACUAUUAUUCAUGUUGUCAUCACUUCUACCGUUAUGUUAGAGUUCCCCUUGACAUCACAUUGGUGGGCUGCGUUAGGUAUGUUGGAAUUGUUCUAG